AUGGUAAGAGAAAAGUUGGUGGAGAAGGUGUUGGAAGUGAGGCGGAAAAGCAAUGGUGUAAUUGUGGUGGUGAUGGUGUUUGGAAAGGUAAGAGUGAAGGUAAUAUCAGGAUAUGCUCCGCAACAAAGUAGGAAGGAAAAGGAGAAGGAUGGGUUUUAUGAUUAUGUUUCUGACGAGAUUGGGCAAGCGGGUUUGGAUGAGUUUGUGGUGUUGAUGGGUGAUUUGAAUGGUCAUGUGGGGGCGGAUACAGACGGAUAUGAAUGUGCGCAUGGGGAAUGGGGAUAUGGUAUAUGGAAUGAGGAAGGGCGUAGAGUGUUGGAGUUGGCGAAUGCACAUAGCAUGGUGGUGGGGAAUACCUGGUUUACAAGGGAACCAGCACAAUUAAUUACAUAUAGGUCAGGGGAGCAUAGGUCAAUGAUAGAUUCUAUAUUGAUAAGGGCGAAGCAUAAAAAGUAUGUAAGGAAUGUGAAGGCGAUAUCUGUAGAAGUGCGAACGUGUGGAGUUGGAUUCGCAAUAUGUAGCACCAUUUUCAAAAAAAGCUUUCAAACAUUUCACGCACUCAAAACACUCCGCUCACAUGGUCUCAGAGGCAUCAAAUUAUUCGACAUCACUGAAUCACUCAUAAUCUCACGCAUCAAAUAUGCAGCUCCCUCCAGGUCUGGUUUUGCUAAACAACAACAACUUCAGCAACUACAAUCUCUCAUCAAAAAACUAAUCCGCUUCAGCUAUCUACCUGCAUCAUAUCCUACCGUCACUCAAAUAUUCAACACACUAGACACAAGAUUGUUCAAGAAAGUAGAAAAUAACAACACCACGUCAUCUAUCCUCUAUUACCACCAAUUAAAACUACAACACACAACCUUCGUCAGCGCAAACAUAACUAUCAAGUCGCCACCCAAUCUACAUAUCAGGAAAAGACCUUCAUCACAAGACACCUCAAGCAUAUUCACAAUAAAACUUUAUCAUUCACACAACUAG